AUGUCGAAACGCCAAUUUAGCCCACUCGAGAUCAUAGCUUACAACGAAGUGCUGGGAGUGUUAGUUACGUACGCGGACGAUGUCAAAAUAGUGGUGGUGGACACGGGUCUAAGUGAAGCGUUAGUGAAAGUGGGGCAUACUGCAACCAAUAUACAAACUUGGUUUGGGGGGAAUGGGUUUAAAGUUGUCCAGACGGUGUACGCAGUAGAAGCCGUGAAGGGUGGCGUCGCCAAAUUGCCUUGUGAUAUAACACCAUCUGUUCCAAAUGAUAAAAUGCAAAUUGUAAUAUGGUACAAAGAAGGAAGUGCACGGAAACCGUCGCCUAUUUACACAUUUGAUUCUCGAGAUAAACCACUAGAACAGGGUAAACAUUGGGCCGACGAAUCAAUUUUAGGCGGCCGAGCUUUUUUUAGACACAAUGAACAUCCGUCCAAAUUAACUAUUGACAUCGUUAAAGAUGCAGACGCUGGAGUGUACUUGUGCAGAGUUGAUUUUCAGCGGACGCCUACGAGAAAUGCGAAAGUCAACCUGACUAUUAUCAUUCCCCCUGAAAAAUUAAGAAUUUUAGAUGAGAGAGGGAUGCAUAUGUCUCAUUACGUUCUUGGUCCUUAUAAUGAAGGCGUUUCUGCCAACAUAACAUGUGUGGCAACAGGAGGACGCCCUCCUCCGAAAGUUACUUGGUGGCUAGAUAAUGCCUUGUUAGACGAUUCAUGCGAAUAUCUUUCCGAAAAACGUGUUAGGAAUAUUUUGCAUUUGGAGCGACUUCAAAGGAGACACCUGCACUCAGUUUUUACGUGCCAAGCUUCAAAUAACAAUCUCAUAACGCCUAUCACCAGUUCAGUAACGCUUGAUAUGAAUUUGCGACCUCUUUGGGUAAAACUGCUGGGUGAAAACAGGCCUCUUUCCGCCGAAAAUACAUACGAGUUAAGUUGCGAGGUUAUUGGUUCUCGUCCUGCUCCUACAAUAACAUGGUGGAAAGGAAGCAUUCAAAUGAUUAACACUAGAGAAACAUCGAGUCCGGAUGGUAAUACAACGACAAGCGUAUUGACGUUUGUGCCUUCUAUAGAAGAUGCCGGAAAAUACUUAUCGUGCCGCGGUCAGCAACAACUUAUUGCCGAUAGCGGAAUUGAGGACGGUUGGAGAUUGGACAUACAUCACGUGCCACUAGUGACGUUGGAGUUGGGAAGUAACUUAAACGGAAGUACAAUUCGUGAAGGGGUAGACGUUUAUUUUGAAUGCAACAUUAAAUCCAAUCCCUGGGUAUAUAGGGUUAGUUGGAGGCAUAACGGAAAGGUUCUGCAUAACAAUCCCACCUCGGGGACAAUAGUGAGUAACCAGAGUUUGGUUUUACAAAGCGUAACGAGAAAUAGAGCGGGACACUAUACUUGUGUUGGGAGCAACCAGGAGGGCGAUGGCGAAAGUAAUUCCGUACAGCUCGACGUUAAAUUUGCACCUGUAUGCAAACUCGGACAAACGAAAUCGUAUGGAAUUGCCAGACUGGAAGUGGCGGAAAUUCGUUGCGAACUAGAAGCGAAUCCCACAGAUAUUCAAUUCGUUUGGAAAUUUAAUAACACCGAUAACAAUGCUCUAAUUGUGGAGCUUCCGCAAAAUUUAGUUACGUCUGACCGUUCGCGUAGUAUAUUAUCGUAUAAACCGGCGGCAGAAUACGACUACGGGACUUUACUCUGUAGCGGAAGAAAUGAAAUAGGAGAGCAAAAAGAGCCCUGCGUAUUUUACGUAAAUCCUGCUGGUAAACCUGACGCUCUUUCAAAUUGUUCCAUUCAAAAUCAGACUACAGAAUCCAUAUUUGUUGAAUGCGUUGAAGGAUUUGACGGUGGUUUGCAGCAAGAAUUUAUUAUGGAAAUCUACAACGUUCAACAGCAUAAAUUGGUAAGCAGUGUCUCAUCCAAAAGUCCAAUAUUUGUUGUCGGAGGAUUGGAAUCUGGCAAUGAUUUUGAUGUUCAACUCUACGCUUCCAAUAAAAAGGGAAAGAGCGCCACCGUACAUUUACCUGCGUCCACCUUAAAAUCGGCAGAGAAGCACAUUUCCGCUUCUACAUCUGUGCCACUCCACAUAAGUCCAUUAUUGGGCGCCUUAAUUGGAAUUGUCGCAGCCCUCAUGCUAAUAGCAAUUACCGUUAUAAUUGUAAUUCGCUUGCGACACUGCGGAAAUGAACGCGAACUUAAGACGUACGAUGACGAGGGUUUAUCCUUGUCAGUCACGCAAUGUACAACCAAUGGAGCGGAUAAGGGCAACAUUGAGACCAACGGCGAAAUGAAUGGAAGUAUGGAAAGCUUAGAAGAAAAGAAUCCAGACAUUAUCCCCCAUAACAACGCGGAGGAGUUUUUUGAGGACGAUAAACAGGGUUAUAUAUUAAUUAACAACGGCCCUGUUUGUACGUAUCCUAGAUUUCAAGCGCCCGUUGUUAUAGUAGGGCAAAAUAGUCACUAUGAUGAGUAUAGGACGUCGGAUCAGAAUGAAGAGCAGUUCACUCAGCUUUCUAUACCUAAUCGAGGGGUGCCUUAUAUCAUAUACAACAAACCAGCGCCUAAUAAUGCGUUAUACCGACAGGAGGCGAUUGUGUAUGGUGGAAGAGAACCCUCUACUCAAGUACUACCGUGUUUGCAGCCUCUCAGCCCUCCAUAUACGUUAUCAACCUUACAAAGGAAGCAACGUCAAGUAGUGCAUCCACACGUAUCUUGCUCCAUGCAAAAUGAGCCAAUAACGAUAAAUGAUAGUGGUAGUGACCCUAUCCUGUCAAGGACACAGAUGGACCCGUGUUAAGAACUGAUCUCGCACUGCAUGGCCCCCCUCCCUUGUCGUUUGAUACGUUAUGUUAAAGAGAAUUUUAUUACUAUUUCUGUUGAUUAUGUUUUAAACAUUACUUAUUUAAUCAUAUUUGUUGACAAUAAAAUUAAAUGUAAAUGUUCGAUACAAAUUUUCAUGUUGUUAAUAUUUUAUAAGAUUUUGUAAAUGGAGAUAUAAAUUUUAUAUUAAAUAUAAAAUAAC